GCUGCUGCACGCCUGACAGCCAGGACAGACUGUGCACAGCAAAACUGCCGCUUUAAGACCGAUUUCCCCCCAUUGUCAAACAGUCGUGAGCAGGAAGAAGGAAACGAAAGCAGAGAGCAAGGGGGGCCAGACGCAUUUAAACCAAACACACACCGCCGCUGCUGCUGCUGCUGCUGCUGCACAAUAACGGUGAUGUGCAGGAGUGAGCGGAGUCACCCCACACAAAAAGACGCACGGACACGGAGAUCCACGCCAAUGACCAUGGUUUGAUUCAUAAAGUGUCCAAAGUGGCUGCAGCAGGAUGAUUGUGUCUAUCUGAGAGAUAUGAAGUGUCACCCCGGGUUACUGCAUCAGGAAAUGAUGACAAUGUCCUCCACCACCACCACCAGCGGCUUUUUUUGGUUUGCGGCCAUUUCCACCGCAGCCGACUGUCUGUGCGUUUGACACACACAACACGCGCAAACGGCGUCUCGUAAUCUUGCGGGAGCAGGUGCAGCAGGUUUUGGCUCCAGUCUGCCCGCACACUGGUUCACAGGUAACCGCUGAGUUGAAGACUGUGUGGACACUGAAGACUCAACUGGAUCAGGCUGGACAUCAUCUGACAGGAAUGUCAUCCACCAUAGAGAGGAAGACGCUGGAAGCCAACGAGGAGCCAGUGGAUGAGGUCCUCCAGAUGCCGCCCUCUCUGUUGACCUGUGGCGGGUGUCAGCAGAGCAUUGGUGACCGUUUUUUCCUCAAGGCCAUAGAACAAUACUGGCACGAGGACUGUCUGAGCUGUGACCUGUGCGGCUGUCGGCUGGGGGAGGUCGGCCGUCGACUCUACUACAAGCUGGGGAGAAAAUUAUGUCGAAGAGACUACCUCAGACUUUUCGGUCAAGACGGCCUGUGUGCUUCCUGUGAGAAGAGGAUCCGGGCGUUUGAGAUGACGAUGCGUGUGCGGGACAAGGUUUAUCACCUGGAGUGCUUCAAGUGUGCUGCCUGCCAGAAACACUUCUGUGUGGGGGACCGCUACCUGCUCAUCAACUCAGACAUUGUGUGCGAGCAGGACAUUUUUGAGUGGACCAAACUCAACAAUAACAUGGUUUAGGAAAGGAAUCUCUGCUCCAACUGAUACUUUGCCUUUUCCCUGUGACUUUAAAGGGAACAAAACACUGACUAAUGAACUUUCUAUGGCCUGUGCAGGCUUUAAUCAUGCAUCUGACAUUCACAUGGAUUCAUUAAUUAGAACAGUGAGGAGAGACAUUGUCUCUGCAGUGCUACCUGCUGGAGACUAAUGAAAACUGCACCAGCAAUACCAGACAGAUUGCAAAAAAACAUCAAAACUUAGUUACAAAUAGUUGAAAAUACUUAAACACGUGAUAAUACUUUUUUGUCAUACACACUGGAAUUCAGGAUUUAUGUUGUUUUAGUCUUUGUGAAGUUUUAUGUAGUCAAACACUGUCACUCCAGUCUGACCGUAUUGUUCAGUUAUUUCUAUGCAUUUCACCGAUUUGUUUAUAAUUAGUGCCUAAAUUUGAACUUUAUCAAAGGCACUGAAACACAAAGUAUGACUUAAUUAUUGAAAAAUAAUUUAUCCAUGUAUGUUUCAUUAUUUGGCUAACCAAAUUCAAGGUAAACCAACUGAAUACUGUGUCUGUUUUGUACACUUUUUACUAUAAAACUGUCCAGUUCUGUCCAAGAAUUAGUAAGUCUUUAUUAAGAAAUGAGAGACCUGUAAAAUACAGCAUUGCCAGAUUUUCACAUUAUGAAUGCAAUAAAAUAUCCAUGUUGAGAAAUACUGA